ACGGUACGUGACAGGCUGGGCUCGUUGGUGUUAGCUCCUUGCGCUCACAUCUCACGGUUUUGUAGAGCCGAUAGAACCGCAUCAUGUUCAGAGCCGCAGCCCGACUGUCUGUCUCCGCUGCUCGGAGUGUAACUCGCACGCAGCCCGGCUGUCAAGGUCUUGUGGCCACAAGGUGUUACUCACAUGGGAAGCAGGAGACGGAUGAGGAGUUUGAUGCUCGUUGGAUUACCUACUUUAACAAGCAAGACAUUGACGCAUGGGAACUGAGAAAAGGGAUGAACACGUUGAUUGGUUACGAUCUGGUGCCCGAGCCAAAGAUCCUCGAUGCAGCACUUAGAGCCUGUCGAAGGUUAAAUGACAUGGCCUCCGCCAUAAGGAUUUUGGAAGCUGUGAAGCACAAAGCUGGACCUCAUAAAGAGAUCUACCCAUACGUGAUCCACGAGCUGCAGCCCACAUUAAAAGAGCUGGGCAUCUCUACACCUGAAGAACUUGGCAUUGACAAAUAGUACCUGAAUAUUUGAUGGUGGGAUUUCACAGGACACAACAACCAAUAAACGUUUGCCUCAUGUGAUAAAUGUCAUAUUUAAUUGACCUUCAUUAAGUUCUACUGCUUGUAAAAUAUUGAUGAACCUAAUAAAGGAAAAUGUAUCGAUA